AUGGUCCACUGCCCCGUGGAUUCGGAGUACACAAACCAAGUCGAUCUAUUCAAGAAAUCGCUGUUGAGCAUUCCGACGGACGAACACCCCAAGGGCCAGGCUGAUGGUCGAGUCGCUAAAGUCUUGCCUAGAGGAGAGAAAACUAACGAUGACUUCUCCCUGAUCCUCGCAGUGAAAUGUGAGACCUCUGCCGAAGCCAAACUCCACGAUCCUGGCCUACAGCGCGUCGCGUUCAGGGAGGCCCGCCAAGCCAUCACCAAAAUGUUGAACGAAGCCAUGGUCCAGGAAGAAAAGGCCGCCGAGCGAGCAAUGCAUGAAAAACUUGCCUCCGCUAUUACUGACUUCUGGUGA